AUGAGCGCCAGUCGUAAGCAGUCGUCAAACAUGCUGAAAUUAUCGGCCACAUCAGUUCAUGGUCGUCGAAUGUCUUCUGUUCACAGCACGCUUAGCUGGGAACCGAUGCUACUGGCUAGCAAUGCACCUACUGAGAAUACAUAUCAGUUACAACCUGCUCCCAAUAGAGAGUUCAAUACUAAAGAAGCCGAAGAGAUCAUACGUCAGAACAGCAUUCAGUUUUUCGAGAAAUACACUGAUUUGCAAAUCAAUUUGGUUCUCGUUUAUGAUUUUCUACAACUGAAUGUGCUGCACACAGGCCACCUCACGAUUCAGUUGGCACGAUAUUCAAGAGAUCGCACAAGUUACCUUGGUUCAAACCUGGACGAAUAUACCAUACGAGGUUCCAAGGUUCUCCCAUUUGUUCAACGGAGGUUUGCUUUCCAACCCGACCACUCAUUGGCCUGUCAGAUAGCCGAUGCAGUUCGCCAAAGUUUGUCUAGAGAACUAGCCUCAACAGAUACAAAACAUGGUGGGCGACACAAACUUGUUGUUCACGUAUUACAUGAAAAUAAACCCGUGGGACUGAAUUCGGUUGGACUGACCGUGUCUAGUUGUGGCUUGUGGGAUCCAGCUACCGACAGAUGGGUUCAGGUCGCUCAUCGGUCACCUUGGGGACUUUUCCUGAUACUUGCGUUUGCCUGUUACUACGAAUAA